GAUACGCCCUUCUUACAGGUGGGUCACUCGGCCCAGUAUUGGAACCAAACAAAGAAAAUCUUGAUGUGUCGCCUCGCUCUUGUUUGUUUUCUCCAUGUAAACUCCUCGCAGUACCCAAGACUGUUUACGUAAACUUCCCUCGAGGGGAACUAAUCAUCUCCAAGAUGGCAGAUGGGAUGCUGUCAUUAUCAUGGAACAACCACAGCACCACAUUUUGCCACAUGCUGUCACAGCUAAGACAUAAGGAAAAAUAUACUGAUGCAACUGUGGCAUGUGAAGGCAGAUUCUACCCAGUACAUAAACUGGUGCUAUCAACUUGCAGCCAGUAUUUUGAGGACAUGUUUGAACACACAUUGGGGAAGCACCCAGUUGUAUUGCUGCAGGAUGUGCGACGUGAUGAACUAGAAGCUCUCUUAAGCUAUAUGUAUGCUGGUAUAGUGAGUGUUGCCCAGAGAGAUUUGGCUCGUCUUAUUAAAGUUGCAGAGUUGUUGCAAAUUAAGGGCUUGGCUGUUCCAGAUGAAAUACCGGCUGAUAAGAAAAGUACAGUGAAUAACCGCAGUUUAAGCAGUGAGAGGUCUAGUCCUCAGUUAAAAAUGGCUCGUGGAGUAGAAUCUAUUGAUGACAUAAACAGUCCAUACCCAAAGAGAAGACGAAGAGAAGAUAAUGAAACCUCAUCUCAUGGAGGAUCAUCUCCUACACGUGCUUCAGAUUCUCCCAAAGGAUCUGCACAUACUAGAGAAAGUAAUCAAAUGUUAGAAAAUUCAAAAGCUAGUUAUCAGGGUGAAGGAGAAAAUCUAGAGGAUGUGAAGGAGAGAUUGGAAAGUGUGGAAGAUAGUGCUUCUGACAGAGGGGACAAUAGUGAGAGAACAAAUGCAAACAAAACUCGGCAGAGAGGAGAACAGCAGCUCAACCAGAGACUUACACAUCAAUCUGGCUCCCAAGACUCCUCUAGAAAUCAAUAUAAGGAUGGUGGUGAUGAGGCGAUAGUUAUUAAGGAAGAGGCAUGGGAGGAUCCAGGAGAUAACCAAAUUAAUUCUCUAAAUACAAGUAUGAGCUAUGACCCUGCUUCGGAUGAAAUAUCAGGCAGUGCCAUUGAUGGAGCUCAAGAUGACUCCACCAAGUUAUUGCUACCUAAAGAGUAUGAAAGCCAGGGCCAUCACGGCCACUUGGCGCAAGCACUGCCAGAAGUAGUUGUUGAGGCACUAGCUGGGCCCUCGGGCAUGCAUGAGUGGCUGGGUGGAGGGGACUUUACUGCAGGACUCUCAGGAGUAGAAAAUUACAGUGGGGAAGGAAGUCCACCCACUGCCGACCACCCGCAGCAGCACCAGUUGGCGGGAGAUGACAGGGAGAGACCUGGUAUGGAAGAAGCUGCUGUGACCAGAACAAGCCUCACAUCUAGCUCCAAGCUUCACCAGUGUACCUUCUGUUCAUACUUCACCCCCAGGAAAGACCAUUUAAUUAUGCACAUUCGUACCCACACAGGAGAGAAGCCAUUUGCGUGUCCUUAUUGUCCAUCUCGGUUUGUCCAAAAAGGCACUCUGAGCAAUCACAUCCGUACUCAUACUGGAGAAAAACCAUUUUCAUGCCCCUUUUGUCCACAAAGCUUUGCUCGAAAUAGUCAUUUAAGAAGUCAUAUGUCAACUCAUAAAACUUUCAUUGCUUCAUCAAAUUCUUAAGAAAAAAUUAGUUGUUGUUAAUUACAUUUUGAUUAUACAAUAUAAAAUAAUGUAAAACAAAUGCAUAAUAGUAAAGCAGGUAAUAAUAUAAUACAGCAUACAGUAUAUGAAUUGUCUUGCCAGCACCUGGAAAGGAUCGUCUGUUAAACUUGCAGUAAAGAAAAUGUUUUGCAUACUUAUUUCUAUUUGUUACUCAUUAUCAGCGACUGCCAUCAUUUUUUUUUUAUGCUUGAUAAGGUGAUUGGAGUACUUACUUAUGGCUGUAUUGCCACAGUUGAGAAGGCUUGUAUAUGAUUUAGGUAUUACUGUAUGUGAUUUUAAACAAAACUACAGUAUUUCUGCUCUGUGAACUGUAGCUAAACGGUGCCUUAUUUAUUAUCCAUCACGUCGGUAUUGUUGGUACUUGAAAAGUCAACUUGCAUGUAAAUACUUGGGGACUCUCCAGAUAAGCAAGUCGGAUUAACUAUGAUAAUGUAUAUAUACUGUACAUAGAAUUUUUUAAAUUUUACACUAAAAAAAUUAAUUGGUUCUUGGCUAAAAAAAAAAAAAAAAAAAAAGGCUGUAAUUCUGGUAAGGAAGGUGAUAUAAUUUGAAGCAUGAAGGAGUUGAUUAUAUGCUGCUGAGAAUGGACUGAAGCUGGUAACUGGUACCUUCUGCUAGAGGCAUGGAGUUUCCUAUAUUGUUGACUGCUGAUGAAAUUAAUGGAUCACUUAAGGAAGCAGGAAAGUAAGGGUCACUUGAAGGAAAUCCAGAAUAGAACUGUGAGGAGUAAAGGUGCCAUAGGCACAAUUAGACAACACUGUAUGGUCAUCAGAGGUCCACAGAUGUUCAAUUCUCUCCCAGCACACAUUAGAAAUAUUACUGGAACAAAGGUGGACUUGUUGAAUAACCUAUUAGAUAAGUUCCUGCAAGGAGUGCAGGACCAACUAGUUUGUAGUGGAUGUGUGGGCCUGCAGGCCACUCCAAGCAACACCCUAUUAGACCAAGUUAUCACAAGCUGAGCCUGGCCCCAGGCUGGGCUCGGGAGUAGAAGAACUCCCAGAACCCCCUCCAGGGGUUGAGGUAUGCUCCAGGCAAGAAGCAGUACUUGAUAAUGAGAAAUUUACCAAAGUUUUAACUGUAACCAUGAAAGUCUCAAAGAGUCCCCAGCUAGAUUUUCUGGCAAUACAGUAUAUACUGUAUAUAUUGCUUAAGAUUUUUAAUCAUACCAUGAUCCAUGGGCUGGUUCAGGGAAGUAAUAUUAAUGUGAAUUACAGGAAGAGACCUGAUCCCUUUAAAGGCUCUAGGAUAUUUGCUUUUAUCGAUUGCCAAGCGUUUGCUCUAGAGUAUAACUGCUGCAUUCAAACAGCACAAAACACUAAUUAUCUUAAUGAAUUAUCUAUUCUUUUUGUUCCUGCAUAAAUAUUGGUUUUACCAGUGUGAGUUAAAGUGUAGCACUUGUAACCUGUUGCUAUUUUACACAAGUCUUGUUUGCUCUAUGUACCAUUUUAUUUGGUGCUUUUUAUCAUGCAUUAAAAGGGAUUUUAAAAUAUGCUAUAUACGUUCUUUUAUCCAUUAAACCAAGCCAGUAUUUUUGUCUUUGAUAAUUAAAAAGUUUCUGAUACUUUCGCUUGUUUUCAUUACAGCAACUUCAUUAAUGCAACUUAAUGUGCUAGCCUUCAUUCAGUUCUUGGGCUUUUUAUGGAUAUAACAUAAGAGCUUGGUAAUACAAAUUUUGGUAGUCUAUUUAAAUUCGCAUUCGUUGUUUUCCAGUAAACGGUUACCCAUGAAACUGGGGGGGGGGGAGGGGGGUAAAUGGUAGGAGAAACUGGGUUGUAGUAAAAAUAAUUGUGAAUUUGUUAAUUUUUGGACAUUCCUGGUAAGAAAGCUGGCAAACUCUCAUGGAGGUGGGCCCUGUAUGAUUGGGAUUACCCAGCAUAGACAGUACAGUACAGAUAUCUGUUCUGUGAAAUUUUAGGCCUUAUUUUAGUUUUUUGUUUUUAUUAGCACUAAUAUAAAGUUUUUAUUUUUUAGCUUUUUUGAGAAAAUUUACAUGUCGGAAGACUUGUUCAUUUUAAAUGAAACUAAAAAUCAAAUGUAUGGUAUGUAUAUUAUAUUAUACAGUACCAGUAUGUAGUUGCCUCAAGGUUUAAACCAUACUUCUCUACUUCCAAAAUUGAUAGGCAAUAUAGUUAUUAUGCAGUCUUCCUUUUUUUUUGUUUUAGCACAAUCAUAUACAAUCAUUUCAGUGCCAAAAUUAUAAAUACAGUACUGUAUAGAACAAUUAGUUGCCGUACAAAUGUAAAAUAAUUACAUUAUAUAAGUCAAAGUUUGUUAUACCUCCAGACACUAAGCAACCCCCUCACUUGCCCAGCAAGACCCUCCCUCCCAUCUAGCCUCCCGCACCAUCACCACUUGACAUAGUACAGUACCUUUCAUUUGUUAUGGAUUGUUGUAUUAAUGUAAUUGUAUUUCUCCUUUAUGCAGUAGUUGCUUGAAUUGCUUCAGUUGGUUUAUCUUGGGCAAAUACUCAUUGUAAAUACAAUAUGCAUCAUCACCUACUCUGGCAGCCAUUUGUAUCUUAGCAGCGAGUAGAAUACUACAUUAACAAGUAUGUUCACGAUGAGUCACAAUAACGUGGCUAAAGUAAUUUGACCAGACCGCACACUAG